AUGCAGGAAUCUCAUUAUACAACUCAAGAAAAAAAUUUUACUAUAGGAAAAGAAGAUUAUGUUGAUGUAUAUACAGAUGGAGCAUGCUCAUCAAAUGGUAGAAGAGGUGCACAAGCAGGAAUUGGUGUUUGGUUUGGAGACAAUCAUCCUUUAAAUGUAUCCAAACCUGUAGUUGGUAGGGCAACUAAUAAUAUGGCAGAGAUUCAAGCAGUGACAGUAGCAGCUAGACAGGCCAAAAAAGCAGUUAUCAAUAAAACUGAACUCUUAGAAAUGGAAGCAGCUUUGAAAUCUAUAGAUGUUAAAUGGAAUCAUGUGAAUGGACAUGUCGGUAUAUAUGGUAAUGAAAUGGCAGAUAAAUUAGCAAGACAAGGUAUUACAAAUUAUAAGUAA